GUGGCAGUAAAUCGGGCGAGUGGGGAACCGGGCGCAGGACCUGCCGCCGCGGCCGGGAGUGGUGCUGCCGGGACGGGGGCCCACGGGGGUCAGUGGGGCGGAGGACUCGGAAGCUGACAGCGCGCACUUCACCCGCAGUUAGUAGCGACGGAGAAGAUAGCUCGCUGAGCUGGAACCCCACAGAUCGCCAGUGAAAAUGAAGGCGGCGGAUGAGCCUGCCUACCUGACAGUGGGAACUGAUGUCAGUGCCAAGUACCGAGGUGCCUUCUGUGAGGCAAAAAUUAAGACUGUGAAAAGGCUGGUAAAAGUUAAGGUACUCCUGAAACAGGAUAAUACUACACAAUUGGUGCAGGACGAUCAAGUAAAGGGUCCUUUAAGAGUUGGAGCUAUUGUUGAAACAAGGACAUCUGAUGGAUCCUUUCAGGAAGCUAUUAUCAGCAAGUUGACAGAUGCUAGUUGGUAUACUGUGGUGUUUGAUGACGGUGAUGAGAGAACACUGAGACGCACUUCACUUUGCCUAAAGGGAGAGAGACAUUUUGCCGAGAGUGAGACACUUGACCAGCUUCCCUUAACAAAUCCAGAGCAUUUUGGAACUCCUGUAAUUGCAAAGAAGACAAACAGAGGAAGGAGGUCAUCUCUUCCUGUUAAUGAAGAUGAAAAGGAAGAAGAAAGUAGUGAAGAGGAAGAUGACGAUAAGCGACGUCUCAAUGACGAAUUGUUAGGAAAAGUUGUAAGUGUGAUGUCAACAUCUGAGAAGACUGAUGGGUAUCCUGCUUUGGUAAUAUCUCCCAGCUGUAAUGAUGACAUCACAGUGAAAAAAGACCAGUGUUUAGUUCGAUCAUUUAUCGAUUCUAAAUUUUAUUCUAUAGCAAGAAAGGAUAUCAAGGAAAUAGAUAUUCUCAAUCUACCUGAAUCUGAGCUCUCUGCUAAACCAGGGCUUCAGAAAGCAAGCAUCUUCUUAAAAACCAGAAUUGUUCCUGAUAAUUGGAAAAUGGAUAUAAGUGAAAUCCUUGAAUCAUCCAGUAGUGAUGAUGAAGAUGGUCCAGCUGAAGAACAUGAUGAAGAGAAGGAAAAGGAAACCAAAAAAGAAGAAGAGGAGGUGCCUGAGGAAGAACUUGAUCCUGAAGAGAGGGACAACUUCCUCCAACAGCUUUAUAAGUUUAUGGAAGACAGAGGUACUCCAAUCAACAAACCACCUGUUUUGGGCUAUAAAGAUCUCAAUCUCUUCAAACUCUUUAGACUGGUUUAUCAUCAAGGUGGAUGUGACAAUAUUGAUAGUGGUGCUGUAUGGAAGCAAAUUUAUAUGGACCUUGGCAUUCCUAUUUUGAAUUCAGCUGCUUCCUACAAUGUAAAAACUGCUUAUAGAAAGUAUCUCUAUGGUUUUGAGGAAUACUGCCGUUCUGCAAAUAUUCAGUUCAGAACUGUUCACCACCAUGAACCAAAAGUAAAAGAGGAAAAAAAAGAGUUAGAAGAAUCAAUGGAAGAGGCUCUAAAAGUAGAUCAAGAAAUGCCUUUAGUAGAAGUGAAGAGUGAACCUGAGGAGAAUAUUGAUUCAAACAGUGAAAGUGAAAGAGAAGAAAUAGAAUUAAAAUCUCCAAGGGGACGAAGGAGAAUAGCUCGAGAUGCAAAUUCUAUUAAAAAGGAAAUUGAAGAAGACAAGACAGAAGACAAAUUGAAAGACAAUGAUACAGAGAAUAAAGAUGUAGUUGAGGACUAUGAAACCGUGGAGAGAAAAGAAAACGAGUUACUGCUGGGGAGAAAAAAUACACCAAAGCAAAAGGAGAAGAAAAUUAAAAAGCAGGAGGAUUCUGAUAAAGACUCAGAUGAAGAGGAAGAAAAAAGCCAAGAGAGGGAAGAAACUGAAAGCAAAUGUGACUCUGAUGGGGAGGAAGAUGAGGAAGACAUGGAACCCUGCCUAACAGGAACCAAAGUGAAAGUAAAAUAUGGUCGAGGAAAAACGCAGAAAAUCUAUGAAGCUAGUAUUAAAAGCACUGAAAUUGAUGAUGGAGAAGUUUUAUACUUGGUACAUUACUAUGGAUGGAAUGUCAGGUAUGAUGAAUGGGUGAAGGCUGACAGGAUAAUCUGGCCUUUGGACAAAGGUGGACCAAAGAAAAAACAGAAGAAAAAAGCAAAAAAUAAAGAAGACAGUGAAAAGGAUGAAAAGAGGGAUGAGGAGAGGCAGAAGUCAAAACGAGGACGACCUCCUUUAAAAUCUACCCUUUCAUCAAACAUGCCAUAUGGUUUGUCUAAGACUCCAAACAGUGAAGGAAAAUCAGGUACCAGAAGUGCUCGCAGCAGUAUGCCAGACAGCUCACCUCUGUCAAAUGGAAUGGAAGACUCUUGCUCAUCUGAUAGUGAAACAGAAGACCUUUUAGAAAAGAAUUUGAUGAAUGAAGAACUUUCUCCUGAUAUUAAAGAACUAGAAAAAAAUGAACACUUGAAUGACGAUAAACUAGAUGAAGAAAAUCCAAAGAUUGCUGCACAUAUAUUAAAAGAAAACGAAAGGACACAAAUGCAGCCUUUAGAAACACUGAAGUUAGAAGUUGGAGAGAAUGAACAAAUAGUACAGAUUUUUGGAAAUAAAGUGGAACAAGGAGAAGAAGUUAAGAAAGAGGCUGAAAAAUCUCCUAAAGGAAAGGGAAGACGAAGCAAGACAAAAGAUCUUUCUUUAGAAAUUAUAAAGAUUUCAUCAUUUAGCCAGGAUGAAGCAGGAAGUGAAUCUCAUAUAGAAGCUCAGAGUCUAGAAUUUUCUUCACUAGACAGUAAAAAUUUUUCCUCUACUGCUGAAGAUGAAAUUGACCAGUGUGCAAAAGAAAAAAAGUUGAAACGGAAAUUACUGGGACAGUCAUCACCAGAGAAAAAAACAAGAAUCGAGAAUGGAAUGGAAAUGACAAACAGCGUAUCUCAAGAAAAGACCAGUGACUGUAUUGCAUCUGAGGGAAUGAAAAACUUAAAUUUUGAACAACAUUUUGAAGUAGAAAAUGAAGAAAUGCCAUCAUUAAUCGCAGAGUCCAACCAACGCAGUCAAGAAUUGACUAGUGAAAAAUUUGACAGUCCAGCUGAAGAAACUGUAAAUACUCCACUAAAAGAAGAAGAGGAUGCAAUGCCUCUCAUUGGGCCUGAGACCUUGGUUUGCCAUGAAGUAGACUUGGAUGAUUUGGAUGAGAAGGAUAAGACCAGUAUUGAAGAUGUAGUAGUUGAAAACUCUGAGUCUAACUCUCUUGUUUCUAUUCCACCUGCCCUACCUCCUGUUGUACAGCAUCACUUUUCAGUAGCUUCACCACUUACUCUCAGUCAAGAUGAGUCUCGAAGUAUAAAAAGUGAGAGUGACAUAACCAUUGAAGUUGAUAGCAUUGCUGAAGAAUCUCAAGAAGGUCUCUGUGAGAGGGAAUCUGCAAAUGGGUUUGAAGCUGGUGUUGCCUCUGGUACCUGUAGUAUAAUUGUUCAAGAAAGGGAGAACAGAGAGAAGGGUCAGAAAAGGCCAAAUGAUGGAAAUAGUGGAUUAUUGGCAAAAAAGCAAAAGCGUACCCCAAAGCGAACAAGUGCUGUAGCCAAAAGUGAAAAGAAUGGAACAGGACAAAGCAGUGAUAGUGAAGAUCUUCCUGUCCUGGACAAUUCAAGUAAAUGUACACCAGUAAAGCAUCUUAAUGUGUCUAAGCCACAGAAGCUUGCACGAUCUCCUGCAAGGAUUUCCCCUCACAUCAAAGAUGGAGAAAAAGAUAAACACAGGGAUAAACAUCCAAAUUCAUCCCCUAGAACAUAUAAAUGGAGCUUUCAACUCAAUGAAUUAGAUAAUAUGAACAGUACAGAGAGAAUCUCUUUUCUCCAAGAAAAAUUACAAGAAAUAAGAAAAUAUUACAUGUCUUUGAAAUCCGAAGUGGCAACCAUAGACAGGAGGAGAAAAAGAUUAAAAAAGAAAGACAGAGAAGUGUCUCAUGCAGGAGCCUCCAUGUCAUCUGCUUCGUCAGACACUGGAAUGAGCCCAUCAUCAUCAUCUCCCCCACAAAAUGUGCUUGCUGUAGAAUGCAGGUGAUGAACGCUUUCUCUGCCUUCCCAGCAGUUUGCUGCCAUGGACAUAAAUCCCAAAACCCUGAAAUACAACCACAGAAAGCACUCAACUGGUUUGACAUUGCUAAGUAUAUCCUGUAUACUUUUCCAGGCUGGAUUGUAUCUAUUCCCUCUCUUUUCUUUUUUUUCUGUUGCAAACAGUAAGCUGAUUAAUAACUGAAGGUUAGGCAGCCUGCCAUAUUUGUCAUAAUUUUUCCUAAUUUUUCAUUUUUUGUGAAGAUAGAAAAAGGGCACUUAGCAAAUUUGAAUUUGUAUAAUAAAGCUUUCAAAUGUUAUAGAAAUCAUAGACAAGCAAGUGCAUAUGAUAAACAUCAAAAUAUUAUCCAGCUGAAUAGUGACUGCUGCACUUUCACUAAGAUGUAUUUGAACACUUGGUGAGUAGGGGGUUUAUGUUGUGUUUUUUUUUUUUAAUUAUUGUUGCUGUUGUUUUUUUAUUUUUGUGGAAGCACUUGCUAUUUAGAACUGCCAAAGUAUAUGUUCAGCAGUGUGCCCAGGUUUAAAGGUGUAAAUGGGACAAAAUAAAUUGUGAAAGGAAGUGUAGUUGACUGAAAACUACAGUUGUAAUAAGUCUUCCACUUUUUAUAGGAUUUUUGAGCACACAAUUAUGCAAAUAUUUUAAUGUUUAUUAAUGUUUACAGUGGAAUUGUGAAUAAGUUUUCAGUGGACUAUCUUAUCCCUUGACAAAAAUAUUUUGUCUUUUUUCUAUGUAAUUUCAGAGUUUUUAUUUUGUUACAAAAAGACAAAAAUGAAAUAUAUAACAACAAUGAAGUUAUUUAACAAGAUUUCUAAAGCUGAAAAUUUUGUGUAAAAUAAGGUAUUAUCUUGCAACUUGUUAAAUAUAUUUAUUCAGACAUUGGAUGUUGUAUUUUUAUGUAUUUUUUAAAAUAUUAAUAAAAUGGAAAAAAAGAAAAUUCUAGGUUAAUUCACUCUUUGGAUGACAAUAGCUCUCAGCUGUCCCUUUCACAGGAGGUUGCAUCCAGCAGCUCUGCCCGCGCUGAAGGGAGCGCGUCUCCGUCCUUCAGACAGCACGGACUCUAAAUGGGCAUCUGCAUCAUUAAAGUAUGUCCUCGUUUAGAAACUUUGGCAGUCCUAGUAUUUAAACUGUUUCGAGGAUCAAAUUUUUGGUUGCCCUUACAAUACUUUGUCAUAGUUUUUAUGUUUGCUAUACUGCCGAAUAAAUUUCUUAUCUCCCAAAGUU